UCAGCAGCUGAGCGCGUCGUAAAGCCCCAAUUACACACACACGCACACACUUUCUCGCAAGGCCAUGUAAUGUUUCUCGCGUUACCCGUGGGUAUUUCGUCUGCAUUCGUCGGAGUUUGGUAGAGAAGUGGUUGAGUUCGGUUGAGCUGUGUGUGUAGGGAACCAGGGGAACCACCUAGAAGAAGGCAAGGCCCUAGAACAGAGAAAAAUGGUGGGAAGCAUUCUAUUGCCGCUGGGUAGUCCUACGCGACAUCUGCGGGCUUAGCGUCGCGCUGGCGUGUGCUAAAUUCAGACCAGAGACCAUGGCUGCAAUGGUUGACGCAGACUAUGCCCUGGCCUUGCGCCUGCAAGAGGAGGAAGAAUCUCUUCUAGAGAGGGACAGGGAUCGGCGAGGGCCAGUGCCAACAUCCAUCAAGACAGUGCUGCCUGCUCCAGGAACCUCACUGGUGGACGAGGCAUAUGAGCUGAUGGAUCCUACACCGGACAUUUACCAGCUGUUCCGAGACUUUGACAAGCACUUCUUUUGGGGCAAGCUGGGUAGUGUGGAGCUAAAGUGGAGUCCCAGGAUGACCAGCUGCGCCGGCGUCUGUUCCUACCAGCCUGGCAGCGGCCUCUGCUCGGUGCGACUGAGCCGGCCCCUGCUGACGUUGCGACCGCGCAGCGACCUCGUGCAGACCCUGCUGCACGAGAUGAUCCACGCGCUGCUCUUUGUCACGCGCUGUAGCGACAACCGCCAGGAGCAUGGACCGGAGUUCCACCGGCACAUGCACCGCAUUAACAAGAUCGCCGGCACUAAGAUCACGGUGUACCAUACCUUCCACGACGAGGUGGCCCACCUCCUAACCCACUGGUGGCGCUGCACGGGCCCCUGCCGCCAGCGUCGACCCUACUUCGGCUUCGUGAAGCGCUCGAUGAACCGGGCGCCGGGCCGCAGCGACUUCUGGUGGGCGCAGCAUCAGGCCACGUGCGGCGGCACGUUCGAGAAGAUCCGCGAGCCUGAGGGCUAUGGCAAGUCGAAGAAGGCCAAGAAGGAGCCCGCCUCAUCUGCACCGGACAAGCUGCAGGACAUCCGAAACUUCAUGGGCUUGGGGAAAGUGAAACGGCCGACGAAGAAAACGGACAACCAAAAGCCGCCACGAGCCCCACGCCGCACCAAGGACCCGUCACGUGUCUUGGGUGCCGGUGGCGCCAGGCCAAAGAGUGGCGCCCAGCCUGGACCGUCGCGGGCGCCGGUGAAGCAUGGGUCGCCAGCGAGGCCGGCAGCUGGUGGGGGGCCGAGCCGACCUGCCGUGGGCACCCGGAUCGGCCGGCCGGCCUGUGUGGGCGGCGGCACGGCGCUGGCCAGCCGGAGCGGCACGAUCACGGAUGAGCGACUGCUGGCCGAGGCGGCGGACGAGCUCGAGUCGAGCCUCGAAGCCCCCGCGCUGGAGCUGUCGGGCUCGCUCGGCGACGGUGGCGCCGCGGCGCUGUCAGCGACGAGCAGCACAAGCACCGCUUACGACGAUCUGCCCGACGAUGGCGCUGCCUUGCUCGGUGCGGCAAGCGGCGCGGAUUACGACGACCCGCUGGACAUCGGCGCCGCCGCGCGGUCUCCGAAUAGCAGCGCCAGCACUUCUUAUGACGACAUUCUGGACGGUCCGAUCAUCAUCUGCAGCAGCGACGACGAGGCGGAUUACGACAGACGGCGACACCGUCUAUCGGACAGGAUUAUGGAGUUUAUUCAAGAUGACGAGAGUGAUGAUGAUCUAGUGCAUGAUUAG